UCUUUUGGUUUUUAGUGACAGCAGCAGUUGUUAAUAUUGCAUGGUGUUUCCGUAUCACAGCCAGUGAGAAACUUAGCAGCAAUACAUGUCGGAGUGAAAAAGAAGUGUUCUUCGACUCGAGACUCCACUCUAGACUUGCCCCUGCCAGAGAAACAAGGAAUACAACAAACCACAGUUUUCCUGACUGGAUGUUCAAUGGCAGGAGGGACAGUGCGCAGGAGGGCGAGAUGAAUAACGAUCCAAUCCUGGAAGAGACUUUGAUAAAGCGCUCACAGCAAAAGAAAAUAACCUCUCCACUCAAUUACAAGGAGAGACUAUUUGUGUUGACCAAGACAAGGUUAACGUACUACGAAAGCAGAGCAGAGAAGAAGUCCAAAAAGGGAUAUGUUGAUAUACAAAAAAUCAAGUGUGCUGAGAUUGUGAAGACCGAUGGGGGGAUUAUUCCAUGUCAAAACAAAUAUCCAUUUCAAGUUGUGUAUGAUGCCAAUACCUUAUAUAUUUUUGCCCCAAAUAACGACAGCAGAAGUGCAUGGGUCCAGAAUCUCAAAGAAGAAAUAAGGAAUAAUUCCAUUAUAGUUGCCAAAUUCCACCCCCAGUUCUGGAAUGAAGGAGUCUGGCUGUGCUGUAGACAAGCAGAAAAACUAGCGCCCGGCUGUGAAGAGUACAACCUGUUCGGGGACAUUUCACGAAAGCCUCUUCCUCCAACACCGAAUUCUGAGACUUUAGAAAAGCCUCGUCGGUUGCCUCCACCUCCACCUCCCAUAGAAGAGCAUACAGAGGACAGUGAAGAAGAAAAGGAGAAAGUUGUCAUAGCCAUGUACGACUUUGAGGCUGUGGAAACUCAUGACUUAAACUUGGUUCAGGGUGAAGAAUAUGUAAUCAUUCUUAAAUGUGAUAUACACUGGUACAAAGCACGGGAUAAAUAUGGACAAGAGGGAUACAUUCCUAGCAAUUACGUGACAGAGAAAAAAUCAAAUAACCUUGAUCAGUAUCCAUGGUAUUGCAAAAUUAUAAACCGAAAUAAAGCAGAACAGCAGCUCAAAACUGAGGACAAAGAAGGAGGUUUCAUGGUGAGGGAUUCAAGCCAGCCUGGAACAUAUACAGUGUCUCUUUAUACUAAGUCUGGAAGUGAGGGCACAUCUCAAGUGCGACAUUACCAUAUAAAAGAAACCCAGACAUUCCCCAAGCAGUUUUACUUGGCAGAAAAACAUCACUUCAACUCUAUCCCAGAUCUCAUCGCCUACCAUCAGCACAAUGCAGCAGGUCUUGUAUCAAGGCUACGAUACCCAGUUGGCAAACAAGGAAGGUCUGCACCAACAACAGCAGGUUUCAGCUAUGAUAAAUGGGAGAUAAACCCCUCUGACCUGACCUUCAUGAAGGAGCUGGGCUGUGGACAGUAUGGUGUUGUACGCUUAGGGAAAUGGAGGGCACAGCACAAGGUGGCAAUCAAAGCCAUUCGUGAAGGAGCCAUGUAUGAAGAGGACUUCAUUGAGGAGGCCAAAGUAAUGAUGAAAUUGUCACAUCCAAAACUAGUUCAGCUGUACGGUGUCUGCACCCAACAGAAACCAAUAUAUAUUGUGACAGAGUUCAUGGAGCAUGGCUGCCUGCUGAACUACAUCAGACAGAGACGAGGAAAUUUCAGCCAAGGGAUGCUGAUAAGCAUCUGUCAAGAUGUGAGUGAAGGCAUGAAGUGCCUUGAGCAAAAUGGAUUUAUUCACAGAGACUUGGCAGCCAGGAACUGUUUAGUGAAUGAUUCCCUGGUGGUCAAAGUAUCUGAUUUUGGAAUGACAAGGUAUGUUCUUGAUGACCAGUACACUAGUUCUUCUGGUGCAAAAUUUCCUGUAAAGUGGUCCCCACCUGAAGUCUUCAAUUUCUGCAAAUACAGCAGCAAGUCCGAUGUUUGGUCAUUUGGUGUUUUAAUGUGGGAAGUGUUUACAGAAGGUAAAAUGCCUUUUGAAAACAACCCAAACCACGAGGUAGUAACAAUGGUUAGCCAAGGUCAUCGGCUAUAUCGACCAAAGCAGGCCCCUCCCAAAGUAUAUGAGAUCAUGAAAAAAUGCUGGCAUGAGAAAGCAGACGAAAGACCCUCUUUUUACGAGAUAUUGCUUAUGAUCAAUGAAGUGGCAGAAGGGGAUUCUUCAUAACCUUUGAACUGACAAGGGUGGAAACGUCAUGAUUUUGGACAAUCUGGAUUUCUAGCCUGCGUUUUCUUCUUCAAAUUUUGCACUGCAAAUAUCUUCAAGAAUCUCGGAAAGUCUGAAAAGACAAGUGCAUGUAAUUAACAAUUUGUGGUAGUAGUCUGUACCUACAGUACUUGAUUCCAAACUUUGUAAAACAAAACAAAAACUUGUAUUAAGAGAAAAUAAUUAUUGCAAAUUUGUACAACAAUCACAUGUUCUGGCUGGCUGGAUGAGUUUGCAACUAAUUGAAGAAUGUAAGAUGGAUGUAGGACUAGAACUGCUUUCGUGGUUGGGUUUACUAAAUGAAUGUUUCAGCUUCUGCUCCUUUAUCACGGAUCACAUGAAGUUAUUUUACAAAAGAAUGUCAAUGACCACAACACAGUGAAUUGACUUCCUGCUGAAAUGCAAGCACUGUCAGGUGGGUGAGUGGAAAAACCUUUUACACAUCCUGUCUGGGGGUCGGUUGCCAAAAAAAAUACAGGUUUGGAAAAUGUAGAAACGUCAUUCUUUUAACGACUCUUAAAGAUUAUGCAAGACUUAUAAACAUAAUUCACAUACUGGUAAUUGUGAAAAAUGUCUAUUAGAUUAAAUGGUAUAUGUGUUUAAAUUGGGCAUCGUUCAGUUUGAAAAUAAAGUCUGGUUUAGCUUUUUCUUUUGUUGUUAUGAAGCGGGAUUGUAUUUCGUGUCUCUGAAGUGUCCCUGAUCUAACCAUUUUGCAUUGUAACAUUUCUGUUUCUACAUUUAACACAUCAUAUUAUUAUUAUUAUUAUUUUAUUUUUUACAGUGCAUGAUAUCUAAUAGGGAUGUACAAUGUUUGUAUUUAUUUAUUGUAUGCAUGUAUGGGAUUUUCAAGAGACUUGUUUUAACACUAGAUACAAAGGUACAUUAAAAAAAAAUAAUAAUAAUAUUUUAUCACUGCUACUGUGUGCUAUUUAUGCUCUGUGCAAUGUCAUGUCACCCUGACCAGAGUCAUUUUAAGAAAGCAGGCAACUCUGUUUAAAGAUGUUACUUUCAUUCUGUGUGAAGAUAUCACAUUAUUUUUACAUACAAUUACCCAUUUAUACAGUUGGGUUUUUACUGGAGCAAUCUAGGUAAAGUACCUUGCUCAAGGGUACAAAACACUGGAGAAUACAGAACAUACUGGUAUUACAGCACAACAUAUUGUCACAAGUGACCCUAAAACCUGUCUUCCCUUGUACAAGGUGCAAGCACCUUUUUUGAGUGAAAGGUGUAUGCGGCAGAGAUGGGUGGCUCUUUGAUAAAAACAGCUUAAUUUAUUUAAAGUCUUCCCACUGAUGAUGGGAAUGAGAAUGUAGAGAUGAGAGCCAGCUAACAAGAUUUCAAUUGUUGCAGGUAUCAGGCUUUUAAAGACUGUCACCCACACCGGUGCUGGUUUUGACAGACUCACUGGGAGCAGAAACUGACCCAAGACUGUCACAGCUACUGGAAGAAGGCUGAUCUUUAGGAUACAAAUUGAACAUUUGUGAAACUGCAAAAAAUAUUGUAAUGGGUGUAAUGUAUUUUAAAUAAUAUAAACCCAGCCAAAAUAUUGCAGCAAAUUAUGAACAGGUUACAAGGAUUUGAAUUAGAAAACUGAACAAGUGUUAAUGUUUGGAAAAAAAGCUUGUCUGUUUGCCUUUGUUUUUCGAGUGUAUAAACUCUUGGAAGCUGGUCAGACUUAAAUAGGGUUUUCCCCUAUCUUUAAAUUAAUAAAGACUAUCGCGCGCAGAAGCCUAUAAGCAUGGCAGAAGCAGGCAUCUGGGGGGAACUAAACACAGAGGCUAGGUAUUGCAAACUUACAAAAAGAAAAAGUAACCGUUUCUAGACAGAACAAUGUUUAAACUAAAAAAGCAAUGUUAUAUCUGUUUGGUUUUAUUGCAACUAAGCACAGAGGUUUUAAAAAGUAUUUUGAUCUAAUAAGGAACAGAAUGAAAUAAACUCUGAAGAGAAAUAAUAUGUUUGAAGUAAACAGAAACAUCAUAUUUGAACAAACAAGUCUUUUUGCCUGUUUGGGGCUUUAGUGUAAUAAACAUAGUAAUAACAACAGAAGUCUUAAUCAUGCUGCUAUAUUUCUCAAUAUUAAAUAAGCCUACAGUUUAAUGGAUUCACAGUCAAGUUUAAUAUUUAGAAAAGAAGUAAGCUUGAUCUGAAAGUAGUCUUUAAUCUAAACCCAGGUAUUCUAGAAUAAUUCAAACAGAAUAUAAGUGUAAAUGUUUUAUUACAACAGAGGAAGUGAUAUACUUCAAUAUAAGACAAUAAAGUGUAAACUGUAUUUAAUAACUUUAGUACACAGUGGACCUACUGAAGGAAAAUAACACAUUCUGUGACCUCUUUACCUGCUUGUAGCAGAGCGCUGCUCGGGAUGGAACAUGCUUUUUGACAGCUGAAGUGAGACUUGCUGGCAAUUAGCAAUUUUUAAUCCAAGGCCUUUCUAUAAUGAGCAAAAUUAACUACCGAAAUACCUUUUGGUACCAGAAUAAGGGAGUAUAUGGGGUAAUGUCUCUUCAUUAUAUUAUAGAAAUUAAUGAAUUUAGCAUUUUCAUUUCCAAUCCCAAAGCGCUUAACAUAGUUGAUGAAAGACAAGAUAACAAACGACAGGGCAAGAUAACAUAAAGUAAUAAAAAACAAUAAAAAAACAUUCAACAAAGUAAGAGACAGCAUUAACACAGAGCAAAUAAUUAGAUUUAAUUAGGUCUUCUGACAUAUUAAAUGGAGAAAAAACUAUAAAAGCUGAGGUAAAACCGUAGUCAAGUGUCACUCAACUUGUGUACUACAAGUUGUGUGGUUCAUGCUCUGAAGAAGUCUAAAAAAGCUGUUUGCUGUUUGGUCGUAUUCAGAAGUCUGCCUUUGAAGACAGCUCUUGUUUAUACGUUAUAUUCUACAACUACACUUCCAUAUAGUGGAAGGUAAGAACAAUUUUGAAUUUCUAUUUCAUUUAUAUUGAUGCAUUGCUAUAAGGUAUAGGAAUUACAUUUUAGCUUUGGAGAGUGAUAUAUUGGAUGUUUUAGGAUUUAGCGGUGGGCGCUUUAGUCGUUUGCAUGGCUAGCCUAAGGGCUGAGUAUGUGAUAACCAUACCUGUAUUACUGUGUUGAAGUAUUAAUGCUCCCAUUAAACUUCUGUUGCUCAUCCAGUAUGACACUGAAAAA